AUGAGUGAGAAAUCCAGCUUCCUGCACAUUGGGGACAUCGUAUCCCUGUAUGCUGAGGGGACGGUGUGCGGCUUCAUCAGCACCCUCGGUUUGGUUGAUGACAGGUGUGUGGUGGAACCUGCGGCUGGGGAUCUGGAUAACCCACCGAAAAAAUUCAGAGACUGCCUAUUUAAGGUCUGUCCCAUGAACAGAUAUUCAGCUCAGAAGCAAUAUUGGAAAGCUAAGCAGACCAAACAGGAAAAGGAAAAGAUCUCAGAUGUUCUUCUACUGCAAAAACUUCAGCAUGCUGCACAAAUGGAGCAGAAACAAAAUGAUACAGAAAAUAAGAAGGUACAUGGCGAGGUGGUGAAAUAUGGGAGUGUCAUACAGCUACUCCAUAUGAAGAGCAACAAGUACCUUACUGUGAAUAAACGCCUUCCUGCACUACUGGAGAAGAAUGCCAUGCGUGUGACACUUGACGUGACUGGAAAUGAGGGGUCUUGGAUGUUCAUCCAACCCUUCUGGAAGCUGCGCAGUAAUGGAGAUAAUGUGGUAGUUGGUGAUAAGGUUAACCUUAACCCUGUGAAUGCUGGACAACCCCUACAUGCCAGCAACUAUGAACUUACUGACAACCCAGGCUGCAAAGAGGUGAAUUCUCUGAAUUCAAACACCAGCUGGAAGAUCAAUCUGUUCAUGCAAUACAAAGACUAUAUGGAGGAUGUCUUGAAAGGGGGUGAUGUGGUCCGCCUCUUUCAUGCUGAGCAGGAGAAGUUCCUCACAUGUGAUGAGUAUAAGGCUCGGCACCACGUCUUUCUGCGCACUACUCUUCGCCAGUCAGCCACAUCAGCUACUAGCUCCAAUGCCCUCUGGGAAGUGGAGAUUGUCCAUCAUGACCCUUGCAGGGGUGGUGCUGGCCACUGGAACAGUCUUUAUCGAUUUAAACACCUUGCAACUGGGAAUUACCUUGCAGCAGAGGAAAAUCCCACCUAUAAAGGGGAUGCCCCAGAGUAUAAAUCUGGAUCAUCUAACACAGUAGCGAGCACUCGUCCCAAUCGCAGGAAUGUGGGGGAGAAGAUUAAGUAUCGCCUUGUGGCUGUACCUCAUGGCAAUGACAUUGCUUCACUUUUUGAAUUGGAUCCCACUACCCUACAGAAGACUGAUUCAUUUGUACCCAGGAACUCAUUUGUGAGGCUGAGGCAUUUGUGCACUAACACAUGGAUUCAUAGCACCAAUGUCCCCAUUGAUGUAGAUGAGGAACGGCCCAUACGUCUCAUGCUGGGUAGUUGCCCCACUAAAGAAGAUAAGGAGGCCUUUGCCAUUGUCUCUGUGCCUGUGUCUGAGAUUCGUGACUUGGAUUUUGCUAAUGAUGCAAGUACAAUGCUGGCCCAUUUUGUGGAACGUCUGAAUGAUGGAUUCAUCAGCCAGAAUGACCGUAGAUUUGCCAUCAAACUUUUAGAAGAUUUAGUUUACUUUGUGGUGGAUGUUCCCAAUAAUGGUCAAAAUGUAUUAGAGAUAGUGAUUACCAAGCCCAACCGAGAGCGUCAGAAGCUUAUGAGGGAGCAGAACAUUCUUAAACAGGUAUUUGGUAUCCUGAAAGCUCCAUUCAAAGACAAAGGUGGUGAGGGUCCCAUGCUUAGGCUAGAGGAGCUCUCUGACCAGAAAAAUGCUCCUUACCAAUAUAUGUUCCGAAUCUGCUAUAGAGUUCUGCGUCACUCUCAGGAUGAUUACAGGAAGAACCAGGAGCACAUAGCCAAGCAAUUUGGUGUCAUGCAGUCUCAGAUUGGCUACGACAUCCUAGCUGAAGACACUAUUACCGCGCUGCUACAUAACAACCGGAAACUUCUAGAAAAGCAUAUCACUAAAACUGAAGUUGAAACUUUUGUCAGCCUGGUCAGGAAAAACCGUGAACCUCGGUUUCUGGAUUAUCUUUCAGAUUUGUGUGUAUCUAAUCACAUUGCCAUCCCAGUAACUCAAGAACUCAUCUGUAAAUGUGUUCUAGAUCCUAAAAACAGUGAUAUCCUUAUAAAGACAGAGCUAAGACCAGUAAAAGAGAUGUCCCAGUCCGCGGACUAUAUGAGUAUUGAUUACUGCGAAGAGGAGGUGUGGCUAAUCUGGUUAGACAAAAACAAUGACACACUUGAGAAGAGCAUCCGGCAGUUAUCGCAGGAAGCGCGGGCUGGGAAUGUACACGAUGAGAAUAUACUGAAAUACUAUAGAUAUCAGCUGAAGCUGUUUGCACGAAUGUGCCUAGACCGUCAAUACCUGGCUAUACAUGAAAUUUCAAAGCAGUUGAGCGUUGAUCUCAUCUUCCUCUGCAUGGCUGAUGAAAUGCUUCCCUUUGAGAUCAGAGCCUCUUUCUGUCACCUCAUGUUACAUGUCCAUGUUGACAGGGAUCCUCAAGAGCUAGUUACUCCAGUCAAGUACGCCCGUCUUUGGACUGAAAUCCCCUCAAGCAUCACCAUCAAGGACUAUGACUCCAACGUGAAUGAUUCAAGAGAUGAUAAGAAAAAUAAAUUCACAAACACAAUGGAAUUUGUGGAAGAUUACCUGAACACUGUUGUCAGUGAAUCUAUGCCAUUUGCCAAUGAGGAAAAGAACAAACUAACAUUUGAGGUGGUCAGCCUGGCACGUCAUCUCAUAUAUUUUGGGUUCUACAGCUUCAGUGAACUUCUACGACUCACACGUACUCUUCUAGGGAUUAUAGAUUGUGUCCAUAAUCCACAGGCGAUGUUGCUGCAUGCUAUGUACAGUGAAGACUCAUCAGAAAAAAAUGUGAGGCGAUCUAUACAAGGAAUGGGUCAGAUGAUGUCUACAAUGGUCCUGACUCGGAAGCCAUCCGUGUUCAGUUCUUCAUCACCUAUUCCUUCUGUAGUCAGUCAGGGUACUUCUAAGAGGAAGAGCGUGGACACUGAAAACAUUACUGUGAUGGAGACCAAACUAAAGAUACUGGAGAUCCUUCAAUUCAUCCUAAAUGUAAGACUGGAUUACAGAAUAUCGUAUCUGCUCUCCGUCUUCAAGAAAGAAUUUGUUGAAGUUUUCCCCAUGCAAGACAGUGCAGCCGAUGGGACAGCUCCUGCCUUUGAUAACUCAAAUGCUAGUUUAAAUCUAGAGCGAAUUGGGGAACAAGCAGAAGCUAUGUUUGGUGUAGGGAAAAAUUCUAUGCUGGAGGUGGAUGAUGAGGGUGGCAGGAUGUUUCUACGUGUCCUCAUACAACUAACAAUGAAUGACUACCCAUCCCUCAUCUCUGGAUCCUUGCAGCUCCUUUUCAAGCAUUUUAGCCAGCGACAGGAAGUGCUGCACACCUUCAAACAGGUUCAACUGCUCAUCUCUGCCCAGGAUGUUGAUAACUAUAAAGUGAUCAAAUCUGAGCUCGACAGACUAAGGAUUAUGGUGGAAAAGUCUGAGCUCUGGGUAGAUAAAAAAGAAAAAUCUGGUAGUGAUGGCUCCUUAGAUGGGAGCAAAAAGGAAAAGAAGGAGCAUGUGGAAAAUCAGGAAGGGUCUGGGAAGCCGGCUGUAGAGAAGAGUAGUGAGAAUUACCAGAUUGUGAAAGGGAUAUUGGAAAGGCUGAAUAAAAUGUGUGGUGUUGGAGAGCAAGUACGCAGGAAGCAACAGAGGCUGCUUAAAAAUAUGGAUGCCCAUAAGGUUAUGCUGGAUCUUCUCCAAAUACCAUAUGAAAAGGGAGACAUGAAAAUGAAGGAGAUAUUGAAGUACACACAUCAGUUUCUGCAGAAAUUCUGUGCCGGCAACCCAGAAAACCAGGCUCUUUUACACAAGCACCAGUCUCUGUUCCUAACUCCAGGUCUCCUGGAGGCUGAGACCAUGCAACACAUUUUUCUCAAUAACUACCAGCUGUGUUCAGAGAUUCAUGAGACUGUGCUUCAGCACUUCAUCCACUGCCUAGCCACCCACGGAAGACACGUGCAGUACUUGGACUUUCUACACACCAUCAUCAAAGCUGAGGGCAAAUAUAUUAAAAAGUGCCAGGACAUGAUCAUGACAGAGCUUACAAAUGCAGGAGAUGAUGUUGUGGUCUUCUACAACGACAAAGCACCAUUUGCUUCAAUGCUUGAAAUGAUGGCAGCAGCCCGUGAGGGAGUGGAAGAGAACAGCCCUCUCAUGUACCACAUUUCACUGGUUGACCUCCUAGCUGCCUGUGCUGAGGGCAAGAACGUCUACACUGAAAUUAAGUGCACAUCUCUGCUACCGCUGGAGGAUGUGGUGCGGGUGGUGACACAUGAAGACUGUAUCACAGAGGUAAAAAUGUCUUACGUGAACUUUGUGAAUCAUUGCUAUGUGGACACGGAGGUGGAAAUGAAGGAAAUCUACACCAGCAACCACAUCUGGACCCUCUUCGAGAAUUUCAUUCUAGAUAUGGCUCGGGUUUGUAACAAGCGGGAUAAGCGUCUGUCUGAUCCUACCUUGGAAAAGUAUGUACUUACUGUGGUCUUGGAAACUAUAAGAUCCUUUUUUAACUCCCCAUUUUCGGAGAACAGCACAUCUCUUCAGACUCAUCAAACAAUAGUAGUCCAAUUACUCCAGUCCACAACUCGGCUCCUUGAGUGUCCUUGGCUUCAGCAGCAAUACAAAGGAUCAGUAGAGGCCUGUAUACGGGCCCUUGCCAUGGUCGCAAAAAGUCGCAGCAUUGCUCUUCCAAUGGACUUAGAUUCACAUGUUAGCUCCUUACUGAACAGCUCCUCCAGUUCACAGCUUAGAUCCCAGCCAACAUAUAAGCAGCCAACAUCCACGCGAGCUUUCCCUCGUGCCAGUGGCACGCAGAAUCAAUGGGACUACAAGAACAUUGUAGAGAAGUUACAGGAUAUUAUAAAUGUUCUAGAAGAACAGUUGAAGCCACUUGUAGAAGCAGAACUUUCUGUUCUUGUAGAUGUCCUCCAUCAUCCUGAAUUACUUUUUAUAGAAGGGACCGAUGCCCGUUUACGAUGUGAGAGCGGGGGCUUCAUUUCAAAACUUAUUCAGCACACUAAAAAUCUAAUGUCUAGUGAAGAGAAAUUGUGUAUAAAAGUUUUACGGACCCUACAACAGAUGCUAGUAAAGAAAAAUAACUAUGAGGAACGGGGAAAUUUACUAAGGAAAACCCUUCUGAGUAAUUACCUGCAAAACAAGAAGUCAAGUGCUAAAGGCGAGACAGCUGACAGCACUGCCACUGGUCAGGACCAGGACUGGUCCAUCAUAGCACCCAUUCAAUGUAAGCUGGACCGAGAGGGAGCCACCAAGCUUGUGGCUGACCUUAUUAUGAGCUCAAAAAAUGAUAAGAUCUUUCAAGAGAGCAUCUUAUUGGCCAUCCGAUUACUGGAUGGGGGCAACACAGAGAUACAGAAUUCAUUUUACAAUUUAAUGAAGGGUGACAAUAAGUCAGAAAAGUUCUUUAAAGUUCUAAACGAAAGGAUCAAAAGUGCCCAGCAGGAAAUAAAGUCCACAAUGUCUGUGAACAUGAAUGAUCUUGGUGCAAAUGAAACCCAGGAGGACGAUGGAAAUCUCACCUCAAAAGGACAUAAUGCCCAGUUUGUGAUGCCAGCUCCCCCUUCAAAGGCCUUACCAGGAAGUCCUCUUCGAAAAGGGCAUGAUGUUGGAGAGCUUGGGGAAAGUAAUGAGGUUGGACCUGUUGUCCUGAUCAUGGAGCCCAUUCUGAGAUUUCUUCAGCUGUUGUGCGAAAACCACAAUCCAGAUCUUCAGAAUUUCUUGAGAAAUCAGAAUAACAAGACUAAUUACAACUUGGUGUGUGAGACCUUGCAGUUCCUGGAUAUUAUGUGUGGGAGUACUACAGGGGGUCUCGGACUUUUGGGUCUUUAUAUCAAUGAAAAAAAUGUGGCCCUCAUUAUCCAGACUUUGGAGACACUCACAGAAUAUUGCCAAGGACCAUGCCACGAGAAUCAGAGCUGCAUCGUGACACAUGAUUCUAAUGGUAUUGAUAUUAUAACAGCCCUAAUUCUGAAUGACAUCAGCCCUUUGUGCAAAUAUAGGAUGGACCUGGUUUUACAGCUGAAGGAUAAUGCCUCAAAGUUGCUGUUAGGUCUCAUGGAAAGCCGCCAUGACAGUGAGAAUGCAGAAAGAAUUCUAAUCAGCUUACGGCCCCAAGAACUGGUGGACGUCAUCAAGAAGGCCUAUCUUCAAGAAGAUGAGGGAGACAGCUCUGAUGUAUCACCUAGUGAAGUUGGACACAACAUUUAUAUCCUUGCCUUGCAGCUGGCACGCCACAAUAGACAUCUUCAACAACUUUUGAAGACAGUUGAUAGGGUUCAAGAAGAAGAAGAGAGUAUCUCUACCAUGUUAAGUCUAAAUAAUAAACAGCUAACACAAAUGUUAAAAUCGAAAACUGCACCUGUAGAAGAAGAGAAAGAGGAUGCUUUAGUAUACUACGCAAAACAUACUGCACAGAUUGAGAUUGUGCGUUCAGACAGAAGCAUGGAACAAAUUGUGUUUCCUGUUCCAAGUAUCUGUAAAUUCCUGACCGAGGAGACAAAGCACAGAGUAUUCACAACCACAGAGCAGGAUGAACAGGGCAGCAAAGUUAGCGAUUUCUUUGACCAGUCAUCGUUUCUUCAUAAUGAGAUGGAGUGGCAGAAGAAACUGCGAAGCAUGCCAUUAAUAUACUGGUUUUCACGCAGAAUGACACUUUGGGGAACCAUUUCCUUCAACCUAGCUGUUUUCGUUAACCUAAUCAUAGCCUUCUUUUACCCCUAUGUAGAGGGAAUGUCUAUAGGAAUACUGGAUUCACCUCUGGUUUCUCUUCUGUUCUGGGCCUUGAUUUGUUUCUCGGUUAUGUCACUUUUCACAAAGCGAUAUGGUCUGCGGCCUCUGAUUGUAGCAUUGAUCUUGCGUUCCGUGUAUUAUCUGGGAAUUGGCCCAACACUGAACAUACUGGGAAUUCUUAAUUUGACGAACAAAAUAGUCUUUGUGGUUAGUUUUGUGGGCAAUCGUGGCACAUUUAUCCGAGGCUACAAGGCCAUGGUGAUGGAUGUGGAAUUCCUAUAUCAUGUGGCCUACAUUCUGACCAGCUUCCUGGGGAUCUUCGUUAAUGAACUGUUUUACAGCAUCUUGCUUUUUGACCUGAUAUAUCGUGAAGAGACACUUUUCAACGUGAUCAAGAGUGUAACACGCAAUGGGCGAUCAAUUCUUCUGACUGCUCUGCUGGCUCUGAUCCUGGUCUACCUCUUCUCCAUUGUGGGAUUCCUCUUCUUAAAAGAUGACUUUAUUAUGGAAGUGGAUCACCUACCCAAAGCUCCCCCCACAAUGACACAGACAGUAGGGUCAAACUCUUUUGCUGAAUCCUGUACAAAGGACCAAUCUGAGUGCACGUCUGGUGUUACAGUUCUUGAUGGUCCUGAAGAUGAAGAGGAAGACACCGAACGAGCUUGCGAUACACUGCUCAUGUGCAUUGUCACCGUACUUAAUCACGGGUUGAGGAAUGGAGGAGGUGUUGGAGACAUUUUGAGAAAACCAUCUAAAGAAGAAUCUCUUUUUCCAGCUCGAGUGGUUUAUGAUCUCCUCUUCUACUUCAUUGUCAUCAUCAUCGUCCUGAACCUAAUUUUUGGUGUCAUUAUUGACACAUUUGCAGAUUUGAGGAGUGAGAAACAAAAAAAAGAAGAGGUUCUGAAAACAACCUGCUUUAUUUGUGGACUGGAGAGAGAUAAGUUUGACAAUAAGACAGUGUCCUUUGAGGAGCAUAUUACGGAAGAGCACAAUAUUUGGAAUUAUCUGUACUUCAUCGUGUUGGUGAGAGUAAAAAACAAGACAGAUUACACUGGUCCAGAAAGCUACGUGGCGCAGAUGAUAAAGACUAAGAACCUGGAUUGGUUUCCCAGGAUGAGAGCAAUGUCACUGGUCAGCAAUGAAGGUGAAGGGGAACAAAAUGAGAUCCGCAGUCUCCAGGACAAGCUCAACUCAACCACACGGCUAGUAACGCAUUUAACAACACAGCUCAAUGAGCUCAAGGAACAGAUGACUGAGCAACGAAAGCGCAGACAGAGAAUGGGGUUUGUAGAUGUACAAACUAAUGCAGGACACUCCACGGCCAGCAAUCAGAUUAUAGCCAGCCAAUGACAGAGUGGCAAUGUACUGGAACUGAAGUCUGCAUGCAAAAAGAAUGAGGAGGACUGUAGUUGAACUCUGUGCUAAUGAAAAAAAAUCUGCAUAAUAAUGAACGUGCUGCUCUUUAUAUCAAAGCAAGGAUGUUUGUGUGCAUUUAGCUGUGGGGUAUAAUGGGGAGGCAGAAGAUGUCUAUUUUUAGAAGUGAAGGAAGGGUGACCGUUGUGCAUAUAUUGGGGUAGUGUGCAAGACCACACAGGUGUGCAAGUAGGAUUGCAUGAGCCAAGCAAUUAGGAACUAUGGAGGCAAUUCAGUUAUUGCUUAUAGGCACAAAGUGCUGAAGAAACUGUAUACCGUCACUUCGCGGCCACCAACAUCACAUAUUUUCCCUCGUACCCCAUAGAAACGCGCAGGUAAGUGUGCAAUGUUGGCGUGCCGUGAGUUUCGGUAAUGUGCUCAGCCACACAUUGCUGAGAACUGAGUUGCCCCAAGAAUGAAAAAGCAAGAGAAUAGGAUUAUCACCUGUUGCACAUUUUCAAAUAUAAACUUCAUUAGAAUUGCAAUUAAAAUGAAUGUAACACACACCUCCGCAAACACAGAUUAUGGCCAGCACCAAGCUAAUAGCAUUACUAACUGUUCUUCAGACCAAGGAGGAGAUGUAUCAAGCCUUGUAAACAAAGAGGGUAAUUCAGAUCUGAUCAUAGAUGUGCUAAAUAUAAGUUUCUCAGACAUGCGGGGGGACGCGGAGCACAGGGCUAGUCCGCCCCGCAUGUCUGGCUGUGAACCCCCCCCCCCCCCCGCACGGGUGCAAAAGCAUUGCACAGCGGCAAUGUUUUUACACCCGCUGAAUUGCUCCCUGCCAGCACAGCUCCUGCACGCUGGCAGGUGACUACCCGCCUCAUCCCAGGUCGCAGCUGCUGCGUGUGAUGUCGCGCAGCCGCUGCGUCCCGCAAUGGUUGGCACGCCCCCUUCCGCCUCUGCCAGUCAGGCAGAGGCGAUCGCAGCCCUGAGAUACUUUUAGCAUCUCACUGGGCUCCCGGGUGCGCACUCCGCAGAGGGCUCCAGACUGCGAUCGCUGCCGCUGCCACGAUCCAGUCUGAAUUAAGCCUAAAACAGCCAAGCAGCUUCCAUCACUUCUAAGACUGUGCUAGAUAAAUGACAGAAGUUGUUUAGUUGCUUCGGGCAACUUCUCGGCUUUAUCUUUCUCCAAAGUUUGAUACAUCUUCCCCAUAGUUUGAAGCUAAAAGAAUAUCUCCUAAUAAUAAAAGUAAAAGUUAGAUAUGUACUAUGUAUUAGACAAAACACUCUUACCAACGGGACACAGGUCAGUCUAGCUAGCCGGUGGACUGGAUACUACGAUAAUUCCUAACUAAAAUCUGUCCUGAAAUAGACACUUGUAUGGAAUACAUUAUUAUGAUAGAGUACGCUGGUCACAGAAACAUGUGUCAGAAGACCAGUAACACCACCUUCCUUUGUGGUGUAGGCGCACCUAAUAUGUCGAUUAUAAGUAAAGUUAUCCAUCCAAUCAGGUGUUGAGGCUGGGUAGCAUCAUCAGCCUAUAUUACCCAAGACAGUGUGGAAGCCAAUGUUAUUAAAGGAGAAGUUUGUCACUAUAUCCAAUUGUACUGUUUUGCCAUAAUAGGGGUUAUUUGUAAAAAGCAUUUUGUAAUGUUGAUCACCUUCUUCUGCACUAACACAGUCAUAUAAGAAGGUAAGUCUAUAGCUUAGUGGGUCAAAAUAGUGGUGGAUGAGAGUCUGUGACUUCUGCAAGGCAGAACUAGCAGGCUGUUCAUUGCUAAGUGCACCCACAUGCAAAACCAAGAAUUUGGGAUGCAGGAGAAGCUGAUAAAUGAGCUUUAAGUGGUGCAAAGUGUACACUUGAGGUUUUACUAGUGGGGGCUGCAAUGUCUGUUGCUUGUUACAUACCUUCUUAGGUACAGUUGACUGUACUAUACUUCCAAUGAGACUCAGAUUUUGCACCAAGAGUUCUAAGCACAAACUGGGAAAUAGGUAAUUACUUAUAUCUGCACACAAAAUGCACUAUUCUGUGGUUCGUACAUUAUCCAUAUUGUCUCCUACUAUGUAGAUAUACACACAACCUCCAGUACAGGGAAAAGCUGGAGAACAACCGAUUGCUGACUAAAACGGACUAAAAACUGACAAAACAUAGGAGUGAUGAGUGUAAUGAAGAUCAUUGGCCUGAUUCAGAGGUGGACGCAGUGCUGAUGUUUGAAUGUUGGAUGAUGUUCUUUCCGCUGCGCACGCAUCAGUCACACUGCCGUCAUUGUGUGGAUUAAGACACAGAGGGGGACAUGUAUUGAGCAGUGAUAAAAGGGGAGAAGUGAGCCAGUGGAGAAGUUACCCAUGGCAACCAAUUAGCAUUGACGUAACAGUUACAUUUGCAUACUAUAAAAGUAUACAGAGCAGCUGAUUGGUUGCCAUGGGCAACUUGUCCAUUGGCUUACUUCUAUCCUUUUAUCACUGCUUAGUACAUGUACCCCGGAGUUACUGACAGGCAGUGACUGUUUGUGGGAGGUAAUGGGAUGUGGCUACUAAAACGUAGAUGUUUCAGUGCAUGUAAGAGCCAGUGGUCUUCCCCCGGCGUCUUAGUUGCAGCAGAUAUUGUGUGUUGCUCAUAGGUCCGUUGGUGCGUCUUUGUGCGCAAGCUGCGGAUCUGAGAUGCUGGCAGUGGGCAUCUCAAUACAAAUUCCAGCGGCAUUCGCAUUUCUUCUCAGAUGUGUGUACAAAAAUGUAGUGCCCAUGGGCAUUGCACCCUCCUCUGAGUCAGGCCCCAUGUGCCAAUGGCUCAUUACAUAUUUACAGAAUAAUUGUGUAAACAUAACAUACUCCAUUUAAUAUGCCUAGAAAUAGGGAAUAUUGUGUAACAGUCAGUAAUUAUUAUAAAUACAAUAUAGAUAUUUAGGAUGCUUUGUAUAAAUAGCAAUGAAUGAGAAGUAGACAGAUGCAUGGUGGUCCAUAUUUUCUUAUUCAUUUCCUUAUUAUAAGGGUGUUUCCAAACUUAUGGACCACCCUGUAUUUCACUUUGUGAUUAAUAAGUGAAACUUACUGAAAACAAAUUGCAUUCCUUAUGACCAAAUGGAUAUCUGUACUCAGUGAGACAUAUGUACUAAAGUGUGAGUUUUUAGAAGUGGAGAUAUUGCCCAUAGCAACCAAUCCGAUUCUAAAAGCAGCUAGAUAAAUGUUAAGUGGAAUCUGAUUGGUUGCUAUGGGCAACAUCUCCACUUCUAAAAAAAAUGACAGCUUAGUAAAUAUACCGCAGUGUGUGUCCAUGCGCAUGCCUAAUUCACAUUUCCAUAUACCCAAGUUUUUUUGAUAGAGGUGUGGGUUACUUUUUAAUUUUAUUUGCAAUUCUUAGACUCUAUGUAUAAGUUUAAAAAAAGAUUAUAUUGUAAUGUUGUGCUGAAGGCUCAUUUUCACUCUUUUCUUAGAAGUGCAUUGCUUCACAGAGAGUGCAAAUUAGUGCAACGUUUAUGUUCCUUAUGUGCUGAUGGAGGCAACUGUUUACAUAGGCAGCAGUCAGUUAGGUAGUUAGAAUUUAUAUGUUUUGAAGUAGAAAAUAGACAAGAAAUGGCGUUGAAAUUAUUUUGUUUCUUUCAUUACAACUUAUCUAAUAAAAUAUAGAAAUAUG